AUGUUGAUGAAUAUGGUAUCGAUUGAUUGGGACAAAUGGGGCGAGGCGGCUUUGGUACUAAUUUCAAGCGUUGAUUGCGCUUUACUACUACUUUUCAGUAAAGCCAAAACGAUUUACGUAAUGUAUAUCUGUUACAUUUGCUACCGCACACUCUAUCAAGUAAUGAUAACAAUUGCGCAAUGGAAUUUGGCUAAAAAAAUGGUUUGUGAAAGUUAUGGCUUAAUAUUUGGUCUCAAUUCAUUUGUGGCACUUAUCUUGCAAGCAUUUUUAACUGCCAUCGUUGUUGAUAAACGUGGCUUUGGCAUGACUGUUAGGUCACAGGUUACUUUAUUUAUUUAA